GUGGCGUCUUUCUGCACCAUGACAGACAUGCAGAGGGCCGAGGCACUCCACAUCUCACAGGAACUGACCAGACGCGUUGCUGCAGCUGAGGGGGCCGCCCUGGAGGCAGGGAACAUCUCUCCCUCCACUCUGACUGGUAAAGUCAACCAACUGGAGGUGAUCCUGACUCAACUGCAGUAUGACCUCAGAAAGGAGAAGGAGGACAAGGUGUUGCUGCAGGUAGAGGUGCAGCACCUGAGACAAGACAACAUGAGACUACAGGAGGAGAGUCAGACAUCAGCCGCUCAACUCAGGAAGUUUACUGAAUGGUUCUUCCACACUAUCGACAAGAAACCCUGAAACUGUACUGGAGGACUAAUGCCCCUGGGAACAAGGACACUUUACUACCCCAGGGGGCAACAGAACUCUGACGACUACUGCCAUACUACUGCACUGAGAGAUACCUACUGCCCAAGGAGCAAUGGAACCCUCUACUGCCCUUGGGGGGCAACUAGACUUCUCGAAUGCCACAUGGACAGACAAUUUCUACAAGCUCAUGCUCAAGGCCCCAGGGAUAAAACAUAACUAUUCAAGGAAACCCUGUGCUGUGUGGGGGAGUCUGUUCUGGGGAACGCCUCUUUCUCUGUCCCCUGGGGAAUCCCUCUUUCUCUGUCCCCUGGGGAACGCCUCUUUCUUUGUCCCCUGUGGAACGCCUCUUUCUCUGUCCCCUGGGGAACCCUUCUGUCCUGGGGAACGCCUCUUUCUCUGUCCCCUGGGGAACCCCUCUUUCUCUGUCCCCUGGGGAACCCCUCUGUCCUGGGGAAUGCCUCUUUCUCUGUCCCCUGGGGAACCCCUCUUUCUCUGUCCCCUGGGGGACCCCUCUUUCUCUGUCCCCUGGGGAACCCCUCUGUCCUGGGGAACGCCUCUUUCUCUGUCCCCUGUGGAACGCCUCUUUCUCUGUCCCCUGGGGAACCCCUCUUUCUCUGUCCCCUGGGGAACCCCUCUUUCUUUGUCCCCUGGGGAACCCCUCUGUCCUGGGGAACCCCUCUUUCUCUGUCCCCUGGGGAACGCCUCUUUCUCUGUCCCCUGGGGAACGCCUCUUUCUCUGUCCCCUGGGGAACCCUUCUGUCCUGGGGAACGCCUCUUUCUCUGUCCCCUGGGGAACCCCUCUGUUCUGGGGAACCUUUCAUGAGGAUUCAACUUAAUGUCUGCUAUCUGCACCAGGAAUCAACAGGGCCUGCUAUCUGCACCAACCAUGUGGCAGACCUGGACUGUAAAGGCACAGUGGGAUAAAAAUAACAAAUAAAUAAUGAAUGUAGCUCAACUGACCUGAGAAGUAUUUUUUACUGUCUGUUUCCUCAACGUUCCUAAAGCCACAAACACUUAGAAGCCAACCUGAUGUUUGAUCCAAACACUUAGAAGCCAACCUGAUGUUUGAUCCAAACACUUAGAAGCCAACCUGAUGUUUGAUCCAAACACUUAGAAGCCAACCUGAUGUUUAUUCCAAACACUUAGAAGCCAACCUGAUGUUUGAUCCAAACACUUAGAAGCCAACCUGAUGUUUGAUCCAAACACUUAGAAGCCAACCUGAUGUUUAUUCCAAACACUUAGAAGCCAACCUGAUGUUUGAUCCAAACACUUAGAAGCCAACCUGAUGUUUGAUCCAAACACUUAGAAGCCAACCUGAUGUUUGAUCCAAACACUUAGAAGCCAACCUGAUGUUUGAUCCAAACACUUAGAAGCCAACCUGAUGUUUGAUCCAAACACUUAGAAGCCAACCUGAUGUUUGAUCCAAACACUUAAAAGCCAACCUGACGUUUGAUCCAAACACUUUGAUAUUAAAUACUUUUGUUUAAUCUUUAUGUUCUUCACUGUUGUAAUAUAGAAUCUCAAAGGGGCAGUAGGGUUGAUUAAAAGGUGCUCUCCUCCUCUCACGUGUUGUAGCUGUCUGAUGAAAACCUCUUAUCUCCACAACAGAACAUUUUCAGGAAAUGGGGAAAAACUGCCAUAUUUUACUAUACCAUUUUACCGAAACCUACAAAGUUUAAAAAACGAAUAUUUGUUCUUGUCCUAGAGUCAUGAAGUGUUCAGAGUACAUUGCGGGGAGUUACUGCUUUCAAUUUCUGUAAACAAAUAAAUACUAAAUGGUCAAAUUACAAAAAUUGAGUUACAAGGUUUUCAUUCGACAGCAUUUGUAAAACCUAUCUAUCACUUGUCUGUAGAUAUGCCGCUGUCACCACGUCUUAGCAAUAACAAAGUAGUUGUUAUUAUAAAAGUGUGUUUUUAAAAGUUAGCAGCACAAACGUAAGCAGCUCCUGUGGGGAGAAUGACGGUUCUAUUUGACAUGUAUCGAUAUCCUACAAGAGACUGUGGGUCUAUAUAGGUGUAGAAUAGUAUGGGUCCUUUCUCUUUGCUUUCGUUGUUACUACUCUUGCCUUGCCCAUGGAUCGCUCAGCUGAUACACAAACCUGGACUGCAUACCACAAGGCACACUAUUCCCUACAUAGUGCACUACUUUGGUCAAGAUUUGGUCAAAAGUAGUGCACUAUACUUUCGGAAUAGGGUGCCAUUUGUGAAGCAAACUCUAAUGCGUUAUAAUCACAGUAGCAAUCUGGGCCCAUAGGGCUCUGGUCUAAAGUAGUGCACUAUGUAGGGAAUAGGGUGCCAUAGGGCUCUGGUUUAAAGUAGUGCACUAUAUAGGGUGCCAUGUAGGAUAUAGCCAAUCACACUCACAAUGUCAAAAUGUCUCUCUCUGUACAUACGCUCCUCUACUGAAGUGUCUUGCUGUAUUUCAUAUUUAUAGAAACUGAUUUCACCUGAAGUUGUUUGUUUGAUUAAUUAAGCAUCAUAUAGCUAGCUAUUCCUCGUUCAGCACUAGGUUGGGAAAAAACUAUGUUUAUGUUGUAAAGUAUGUGUGAAGCUUCAUUUACAGGGCAGAAAUAUAUUAAAAUAUACAACUGAUUAUUCUUGUUGACUGUGUCCCAGAGCUCUGGUCUAAAGUAGUGCACUAAAUAGGGUGCCAUUUGGGACUCAUGUUUGUUUUGUUUUGGAGAUGAUUCCAACAUUUGGAUGCUGCUAGAUAAUCCGUCUGUUGGUUUGUUGCUUUUACAGGAUAAUAAUGUCUUUCUACGUUUAACUGUUUCAGCUCACAUGAGAUGUGAUAGGUUGCUUUGGUUUUCU